AACAGCAGAAAAAUGGGGCCGUGAAUCGGUGACGUUACAUCAUGAGCAGUGCUGUGUUGUCACCAGCUGGAGCGAUUACAACACGAAGCUAAACGUGGAUGGAUCUCUAAAAAACGCAGUGAAUUCGCAGCGGGCAUGGCAUAAGCAUCAGCACCCGAUUCACGUCGCUAGCAUGAUGAGAUAUAAGGUUACGCUGCAGCCACGUUUGAUUGGUGAUCAGAAGAAGCUAUCAGGUUGACUAUAGGCAUCGAUAAGAAGCCCAAAAACUGAUAAGUGCCAAUAGAGGUUGGAGUUGAAGCUGAUCUCCACACACAGCUGCCAACAUGAAUGUGGGCACAGCGCACAGUGAAGUGAACCCUAACACUAGGGUCAUGAACAGUCGGGGCAUCUGGCUCUCCUACAUCCUGGGCAUCGGCCUCCUGCAUGUAAUUCUGCUUAGCAUUCCCUUCGCCUCCGUCCCUGUUGUCUGGACGCUUACAAACCUCAUCCACAAUCUGUGCAUGUACCUCCUGCUUCACACGGUCAAAGGGACUCCGUUUGAGACUCCAGACCAGGGCAAGGCCAGGCUCCUCACACACUGGGAGCAGAUGGACUAUGGUGUGCAGUUCACGGCUUCAAGAAAGUUCCUCACUAUCACACCUAUUGUCUUAUACAUCCUCACCAGCUUCUACACCAAAUACGACCAGGCCCAUUUUGUGGUCAACACCGUGUCUUUGCUCACCGUUCUCAUCCCCAAACUGCCUCAGCUGCACGGAGUGAGGAUCUUUGGGAUCAACAAGUACUGAACGGACGGCCCUCUGCGGCGCCCCCAUGUGGGCUGCAGUGAACAGAGUCUAAGGCGGCUCUUUAAAGGUCCGGGUGCGGCGGCUGUGGACUAAAUGAAGCCUUAGGGGGAUACUGCCAUGGUACUGGAGCCUGGGAAGCAGACACAUUACAGUUACAGGAGGCACAAAGGGAGCGUGUUCUGUUGUUAUUGUGUGUAGCUCAGCUUUUGGUCGAAUUGUAGACACUUGAAAAAGGGAGUGUUUGCAAAUGUUUCUGUAGAAAUAGACUGGCAUCCAGGGACAAGACACUCUUGCUGCACAAAAAUCACGUGCCAUUUUUCAUUCGUUGGCACACACAGAUGACAAUGGAAGCUAUUUUGUACGUAAUGAUACACUGCUGUAUUUGUUCAGCUUUACUUUUACAUGAAUCCCUCUCUUUUACACAGGUUUUGUAGACUUUAGGGGGAAGGUAACAAUAGAAAUAGUGAGGAGACUGAACUGCUGAGAAGCAAGACACAAGAAACCACACGGAUUUAUAUUUAGCCGUCAGGCUUCCUCAGCAUCGGGACGCCAAGUCACUCUUUUUUUAACUGACCAUGCCCAUAUUUGGAGCUCUCUCGUCCUAGAUUUCAAAUAUUAUAAAGCCUGUCUGGUAAACUGAGUCCUGUAGACUUAGGAGAGGUGUUCCUGUUCAGUCUUGAAGCAUAUUGACUAUAAGGGUGUCAAAAGUAUCAAAGACCAGAUACUAAUCAAUAUUAAAAUUUGUAUUGAAUCUUCAUAAUAAUAAUUUCAACAAGAAUCGAUUAAAAAAAAAACAACAACUACCAAACAGAGUACAAAGUUUGACCUUUCCUGUUUUAGAAUAAUUAUAAUAAUAUUAUAAUUAUCUGACCACGAUAAUGCAAAGAAAGUACUAUUAUUUUGUUUUGAAAAUUAAAGUCUGUAGUCUAAAAAAAUCAAACUAUAUGAGGCUUGAAAUUGUAUUAUUCUGACAACACUAAUAAUGACACUACCUUUCUGAAUACGUAAAGAUGCACAAGUAAGCACUCAGGACAUUGCAACAAAUGGUACAGAGACUGUUCAGUUUUUGAGUAGUGUUAUUCAGGGCCUAUAGAACAGAAACAUGUUGACAAUUGCCAAUCAUGAUGUAUAUUAAUUUGCAUAUAAACAUGUACAGUGUUCAGAUAGCUUUGAAUGCAUUUCCCUUACUUAAAGGGCCAAUAUUACACUAUUUUCUGAUCUAUGUUAUAAUGUUUCCUCAUCACAACCAGACCUGGGGUUGUGUUUUGUUUCAUUCACACAUGUUUAACACACAAAUCCUGCAUAUUUAGGCUGAGUUCUUCUCUCAAACAGAAAACAUUCAUUUUGUGAUGUCAUGUGGUGAUACAGGAAGUGCUCUACUGUGUUUUUAAACUCCAUACAUCUUCACUAGAAUCAUUUGGAUAAUUUCAGCCCUGGAAUUGCUAAUCUCUAUUGAAUAAACGAUUUAAAAAAAAGUAGCUGUUAUUUUAAAAAACUACCAAUACGUGACAUCACAAGGUGGAUCAGAGCAUUAUGAGAUUUGGAGAUGUAUAGAGACUAAUAAUGAAGUAUCACUCAAACAUGUGUGAAUGAAAUAAAACGCAACUCCAGGUCUGUUUUUGAUGAGGUACCACCAUUAUAACAUGGCUUAAAGCUCACAAGAGUCAAUUUUGUGUAAUAUGGGACCUUUAAACCUUUUACUUUUAAUUGUAAUCCUGACAAAUGAUUUACCAAGAGUAAAGACAGUGCAUUCAUUUCUUCCUGUGUGCUAAAACGUGCAAAAUUAAGUUGUUUACAUCCGAAUCUCUUUUGGUUCAAAUCCAUAGACAUAAGUUUUACAUAAUGUAUGUUUAAAUAAUGCAUGCCUCUUUUUCUCAUAGUGACUUACUCCAACGUUUUAUGUAUGUCCGUGCAUCAUGUGACAUUUUUAGAAAGAUUUCAAUCCUAUUAGAAGUAAUGUUAUACUAAGGAUCAUGUGAAUGUAAUAGUAAUUGUAUGGAUUCAAAUACUUGUUUGACAUUUGGGUAGUUUUGUCAAGUUAAGUUGCAGUAUGUUUGCUUUUUGUUUACUUUUAAUAACAAGUAUCAUGUCCACAACCAUUGAUCAGCUGUUCAGAUCGUUCAGUUUAGGCAUUGUAGCACUUUAGUUCAUAUUUUAGCAUUUCAAGUUUUAAAAAGCUACAGAUUUAUUUGAAAAGCAUACAUUUACUUUUAAAAUUGUUGGAUUUUUUUGCUCCAUAUUUUGACCCCAUCUUCAUCACUACCAUAAGGGCUUAAUUAUGGACAUUCACUCUGUAGCACAAACUGACCAUGUAUUUGAAUUUCUGAAAGAAUCUCAUGUAAUGUGGUAUAAUGUGAAAUCGUGCUCAUGGUUGUUGACUGGUGUUUUGUGAAGGAAACGUGUGAUCUAGUGUCAAAAUGCUUGAUCUCAAAUACAGUAUUUUUCAACUAUAA